UAUUAUGUAAACUAUGGUAGAUAAUGUAAGAAAUCUGUGAUUCAGAAUACUCAAACGAAGAUGUACUGCAAACUACCACGUAGCUCACGAGAUACUAUAGUUUUAUUGUAGAUGUAUAAGACAUUGGAAACGCAAUGCGGAUUGCAGUUUGCCAGCAUUGCUGCAGGCGAUAAGAUCUGAUCUCGAGUGAUUUCAAUUUCCAGCUCAGGGAUCGAGGUGCGUUAAGAGACACAAUAUGGACGAAACGACGAUUGACUCAAUCUUUUCGGGGUCCUUGAAAUCCUUACCGCCUGUCAGCUCAAAAAUUGUGCGGAUAUUCACGAGCUCGACUUUUACUGACACGACAAUGGAAAGAAAUACUUUGAUGGCUCAGUGCUAUCCCAAACUCAAGGACUAUUGCAGAGAAAAACACGGCUUAGAAUUUCAGGUGGUUGAUAUGAGAUGGGGUGUACGUGACGAAGCCACUGACGACCAUAUGACCACAGAGCUGUGUAUGAGAGAGAUAGAAAAUUGUCAGAGACUCUCCAUGGGACCCAAUUUCGUUGUAUUCCUUGGACAGAAGUAUGGAUAUCGUCCUAUACCAACGUACGUCCUUAGUUCGGAACUAGAGAUGUUAAGGACAGAAUUGGAGGGCCAAGGGAUGGAUGUUAGUGUUUUGGAUAAGUGGUACAAGAAGGAUAGUAAUGCCGUGCCGCCAACAAGCAUACUACAGCCGAUCUCAUCUAUCCUGAAGAACUUUAACAAUAAAAGAAUACCCAAGCUGCAACAGGAGGAUCAGGCAAUCUGGUGGGACACUAUGUGCAAAAUGCAAAAAUUGUUUAGGAAAGGCGCACAAUCCUUAUUUAAUACCGGGAAGUUCGAUAAGGAUACAAUGCAUAAUUAUUUUAUGUCCGUGACUGAGCGGGAAGUGAUCAACGGUGUGCUGAACGUUAAAAAUACGAAAAAUCACUGUCUGGCGUAUGUGCGAUACAUAAACAACAUUAAUCUUCAAAAUCUGAGGAAGGCCAGUCUGUUUUUGGAUAUAGCUAACAGAAGCUUGGACAACGAAGCCUCGAAAUUGUUGGCCGAUCUCAGGGACGAGCGGCUACCAAAUAAAAUCGAGAGCACGAAUCUGCAGAGGUACACAGUGGAGUGGAUAGGGCGGGAGGGUCUGGAUCCUGAAACUCACAGCGAAUACCUUCAGCACUUCAUCACGCACUUUUACAGAAAUAUAGUGAAGCUCGUGGACCGUGCCAUGAGAAAGGAAGAUAAUUCCGCGCAGGGACAAAUAAUAACCGAACUUUUGCAACACCUACAUGCCUGUAAUAAUUCCGUAAAGGUGUUUUACGGACGCGAGGACACGCUGGAAAGGAUAAAAAAUUACAUGCUGGGUGACAGCGAUAAGCCAUUAGUGUUGUAUGGGGAAGGAGGAUGCGGCAAGACUUCUCUGCUGGCGAAGAGUGCAGGUUUGACGAGUAGCACCUGGCUGACUGGUAAAAAACCGAUCAGCAUAAUUCGGUUUCUCGGCACUACCCCGGAUAGCAGCGCGCUCACGCCCACGAUGAUCUCAAUCUGUCAGCAAAUCUCAUACAAUUACGGAUUGUCAUUCGAGGAGAUCCCGGACGAUCUGGUGCCGCUCACAGCCCACUUCAAAUAUCUGUUGACCUUGGCUAACGGCCAGCAGCCGAUUCUACUGUUUCUGGAUAGUGUCGAUCAGCUGACAGGCGUACAGGGUAACAAAUUAUCGUGGUUACCUACGAGACUACCAUCGAACUGCAAGAUGAUCUUAUCUUGCGCGGCGGAGGAAUCGAAUCCGGUGAUUUCGAGGGAUUAUCAAUUACUACGCAGGAUGAUAGACACCGAAGAAAGCUUCAUCGAGGUAACUGCCUUGGGCGAGGAGCUAGCCAUGGAUGUGAUAAGAAUGUGGAUGAAAACGGCCAGGAGAGAUCUGAAUAACUAUCAAUGGCGGCUGGUGGCGAAUGCUAUAUCGAAGUGUUCCCUGCCGAUCUUCGUGAAGCUCGUGUUCGCGGAGAUUUGCCGAUGGCGCAGCUAUACGAAACCGGCGGACACACACCUGGCCAGCACGGUGAUGGACAGCAUAAUGAUGCUGUUCGAGAGAAUCGAAAAGCAGCACGGCAAGAUCCUAGUUUUCCAUGCUCUGGCCUAUAUCACGGCCGCUAAGUCCGGCCUGUCGGAAUCCGAGCUCGAGGAUCUGAUCUCUUUGGACGAUAAGGUUCUCGACGACGUCUAUCAAUAUCAUUUGCCACCGGUAAGGCGUAUCCCGCCUCUACUCUGGACCAGAAUACGGAACGAUCUGCCCAAUUAUCUGAGCGAAAGGGAAGCGGAUGGUGUGAGCGUCUUGAACUGGUACCACAGGCAAUUCAGGGACACGGCCAAGGAGCGAUACUUCAAGAACAUGAACAUGGCGUUGUAUUUCCACUCCAUGAUAGCGGACUAUUAUUUAGGAAUUUGGGGCGGCGGCAAACCGAAGCCUUUCAAGUACACCGAAAUACAGAGACAUCGAUUCAAUUUAACAGACAAGGAAGGUGUGGCGGAUAGAAAAGUACCAGAGCAACCAUUGGCGUUUUACUCGAAGGAGGGAACCGUCUCGCGAUACAAUUUGCGAAAGUUUGGCGAAUUACCAUUUCAUCUGAUAAGAGCACGACGCUUUAACGAUCUCUUCGAGAACGUUUUAUUCAAUUACGAGUGGCUGCACGCGAAGCUAAGCUCUUGCCCCUUGCAAGCUGUGCUCUCUGAUUUCGAAGACGCGUGUAAUUUUGUUGACAACCAAAGCUUGGUCAGAGAACUAAUGUUGGUCGCCGAUGCUCUAAGACUUGGCGGCGCAAUCCUGGGCAAUCAUCCUGAUAUGCUUGCGCCGCAAUUAAUCGGUCGAUUGUUGCCGGAGAUCGGCGCAAAUGUUAACGUAAGAAUGUUGCUCCGAGCAUGCGAUCAUGACGGCGUCAAGAAUUGCGCUCUCCUUCCUCUCUACCAUUGUCUGCACACACCUGGCGGACCGUUAAAGUAUUCGUUGGAAGGCCAUCAGUUCGCGGUGUUCGGAUUUUGUUUAACGUCAGAUUAUCGCUACGUAGUAUCGAUAUCCAAUAAAUUUAUCACCUGGGAUCUAAGUACUAGCGACAUGACGAGGGAUGUCAAUCCUGGCGUGGAGGGUAUAAUGCAACGAUUAGUGUUGAGUCCCGACAACAGAUACGCCGCGGCUUUCACAACCAACUAUCAGAGUGUCGUUUUGAAUACCCUGACGAGCGAAUUCGUCGUCAUCGAUAAUCCUUUACCGAACGGAGACGCGGUAUGCGGUGUGCAUCUCAUGAAUCAGUACGCUUUCAUCUACGGGAAGCUGGGCUGGUGCAGAUUUGACUUGCGAGGGAAUCUGCUUGACACUCACAGCAACCCCGAAGAUUCCAACAAGUGGCCGAUUCUGUACGUGGAGUACACGAAUCUGGAUCUCUACAGAAUUAUCUUCUGGUCGGGAAGCCUCGACGACACGCGAUUGACAUUAACAGCGUGUUAGGGAACACAAUAAUAGAGGGCUGUUGUGAUCAACUUUUUCAGCGCUCUGAUCAUGACCAAGGACAAAAACACUUUGUAUGUGUGUACAAGCAAGGACGAUUAUAGAAUCACGAAAUAUAGAAGCGACGAGACCUCGUCUCACUGGGAAAAGGCGUUUGAUAUGCCGCGAGCGUAUAACGAUGACGUGGAGUACUUGUUGCAACUCAAAUUGGACAGGGAAGAGGAGAUGCUGCUGGCGACGACUGGGAACGGGUUCAUCGUAUGGUUUUUGGAAAGUAAGAGCGACGCGCACGUUUUAAUGCUACCGAACGGAGUCAGGAACAUCAGUACGCGAAUGAUGUGCUCGAAUUCUGUUAUGGUUAGCGGCACCAAGAAUUACGCUGUCGCUGGUGUGAGGAAAAAUUUGUACGUAUGGUCGCUCGAGACGUCGGAAUUGGUAAAAGUAUUGGAUGCGCACUUCGCGAGGAUCAUUCAACUGGAAGCAUUGACCGUUGGAAACUGGAAUAGCGUCGUAACAUCGAGUAUUGAUAGGAGCGUUAAGGUGUGGAACAUCAACAAUAUUUUCGAGCAGGUUCACGUCAUCGACAGGCACGAAUUGCAAAUAGACAUGUUAAGUUUAGCCGAGGAGGGUAACUUGGCCGUUACAGUUACCAGAGAUUGCGUGGGUGUUUGGGACUUGCUGACAGGUAGAUUGAUAUCAAAGCUAGCCGACAGUCCGCUAGGAGCAAUUGUUACACACGCUUGCAUCACGCAGGACAGCAAGUAUAUCGUGUCGACGGAAUCGGGCAAUGUUCUUAUUUGGAACAGAAUUACGGAGCAGGUGUUGUUCAAGGAGGAGCAAACGAGCGUCAAGCAGUUGACGCUGAUAGAGAACUCGUCGAAGUUCAUAGCCGUCUCGAGGCCCAAUAAUCCUACGGGAAUAGAAAACGUGCGAACCACGGCGACUCUCAUCAUGAGGAGUAUUCCUGAUGGUAGAACGCUAUUCUCUUUGGAAUAUCCUGUAAGAAGUAACGUCGGUACACCCUUCCGACAAGUUGUGAUAACAUCCGACGACGCUUCUCUGGCGGUACCAGCGGCUGAAAAGAGCAACAGGGACUGCGUUAUAAUUUACAGCGCGAAAACGGGAACGCUGAUCAGUAAAAUACCUGUAAAGUUGCCUGGAUUUAAGGAUAUUAUAUGCAUCACACCAAUGCCCAACAAACCACAAUGGAUAGGUAUUAUUGGCUCUGACAAAGGUACAAUUCUCGAUAUCAACAAGAAAAAGAUUAUACGUACGAUUCCAAAAUGGAGCGGAAACAUCAGUAAGGAUGGAAAGUACACUUUGUAUGCACCUAGCAGAGGGGGCCUUGAACUCAUAGAAUUAAAAAAAGGUACAAGCGUGAAGACAUAUAUACCCAAGGUAGCCGAGGGCGUGUUUACCGUUAUAUCAAUGUUCAAUCGUACAGACGAGUACGUGUUGUACUACCACAGUGGUCGAAAGACCAUCAGGGUUUUCAGAUCUUUGGACUGCGAGAUGAUAGCUAAUUACAGAGUGCAAGCCGAGCUGAGUGCCAUCGACAGCACGCACGACGGCAGGAGCAUCAUUUUAGGGACGGUCGACGGCUGCGUGUCGGUGUUGGCGAUAGCCGAUCCUGCGAAGCCCGAGAUGAGGGAGUACCUUGCAAAUGUACCGUCUCGCGACGAACAGUGGAAAAAGAAGACCGAGAAACAUCGGGCCGCGAUAAAGUUCAAGGCCGCCGCCCGAAUCGCUCGCGUGACGCACGACCUAUCUGCGAGCGUGAAAACGACAGGUGACGUCUCGGAAACAAUCGAGGAAACGGAGGAGAACGUGGAGUGAAUUUUGAGCGCACCGCCGUGCGGUGCAUCUUGAGGCCAUAGCUGUAAUUCGUAGUCGUAUUUCGUAGUUGGUUUUCCGUCUAUUUUAAAAACGGUAAGACAUAUUCUCGUUAGCAUUGAAGCUUCUGGGUGUUCACUGCAGUUAUAUUGAAUGAUGACGUCGGAAGCAAGUAAUGACACGCUGAAAACUUCCAAUAAGAAAUGCUUGAAAUAAAAAACCUCAGAUUACUUUAAAAUUAAAAAUAUUCUGAAAAUUAAUGUCCUUCUCUUGACAGUGGAUGAAGAGUCGUGAAACGAGUCGUACGAAUCUCAAGUCAUGUGACGCCACAUUUACAUUUUACAGCUGUUUAUCAACCGUCGAGGAAAGAAUUAAUUUAAAUAUUUUAUAAGUGCUAAAAUAAUCUGAAGUGUUAUUUUCUUCCAAAUAUCUUUUUAUUUGAAAAAUGCCAUGCAAUAAUCUCAGCAUGUUAUCACUCGCUUCUGACGUCACGAUCCAAGAUGUCUACAGCGAGAGCACCCAGGGUCGUUAAGAUCGAUAGCCGCGAGAUGCCACGGUCGAUCGAUCGAUCGCUCGCAAGGAACAAGCGAGCGCAAGCGAUAUAUUCGAAUAGAAAGAGAAUCCGUGGCUACAGAAUUUAUAUUACAUUUAUUUAUGUCUUUUCCUUCGUGUAACUCUUCUUACAAUCUUCCACGCCUGCCUUCUCACUCUCAUUGUCUCUCCAUUUGAAUGGUAAACCAACACGGGACGAAUUCGAGCCAGUCUCCCGAGGACGGCACCGUCUCUCGUGGAGUUCAUCGGAUGAACCUCGCAAGAACCGAGAGCCCUCACCCUUUCCAUUGUAAAUUACAUUCUUGACAACGCUCGGCCCUGCGCGACGGACGCACCAAGACGUCGUUCUCGAAGGCGUCCCGUGCAAUUCGUGACGAAUCGCGGGUGUCGGCGAUCUCUUUCUUGUCGGUCGAUGCGACAGGUUCGGGCUGCGCCGAAGAAUAACGCGGAAUCGUCGCUCGCACAAACGAGCCUCGAAACAGGAACGGGAAUCGUCAAAUUAAUCGCACGUGUUUCGUCUCGGCGAAACUAUGAUAAGAGGGCGCGAAAUGCUGAUGUGCUUGCUCGCUGGCGAACGCGGUUCGCUUCAUACACCGGGAGUCCUCCUACUUUCCACAGUUAACGCGACAGAGAACACGUUUCGCGUGCUCGUUCCAUCUGCGUGGAAACAAUCGCCCUCGCGCAUCGAUUCGUCUCGACAACACGAUCGUGGUUUACACCUCACCUGUUCGAUGGAACGUAAAGUCGUGGAAUGAUUCCCUUUCUUAUCGCAAUACACAAUAUAUUGCUACGAUACCGCGGACGGUAAACCCAUUUCUUGCCGAGAAGAAUCACGCA